AUGGCAGCGUCACGAUCAUUGAUCCGUCUUUGUCUUCAUUCAUCAAGGGUGGCAGCGCGCCCAGCUCUUCGUCAAGCAUCCACCAUCCUCCCUCGGUCAGCACCAUGCCAGAUCGCACGGUCAUUCACCUCAAGUCCUGUACUCUUCAAGAAGAGCAAAGCCGGCAAGGCAAAGAAGGAGGACGAGCUCGAUGACGGUGUAAAUCUACCCGAAUUCACCAUCGAGCCGUUCCAGGACCACGUGGACAGAGCCAUUAACUGGCUAUCAAAGGAAACCGCAAAGCUGAGGCAAGGAAGACAGAACCCGGCCUUGCUGGAUAACUUGAAGAUCGAGCUGCCGGAGGGUGCGUUGCAGUUGAAGGAUGUUGCCGUGGCAAGUUUAAAGGAUGGAAAGACGAUGUUGGUUAGUGUUUUUGAGGAAGAGCAUGUUAAACCCGUCCAGACCGCAAUCCAACAAUCACCACACGGCCUCAACCCUCAACCCGCCUCCGGCAACCCCCUCGGCCUAAUCAUCCCCCUCCCCCAACCAACCCGCGAAGCACGAAACAAAAUUGCAGCAGAAGUCUCCAAAAUCGGAGAAUCCUCAAAAACAGUCCUGAAACGUGCACGUCAAGAUGCGUUGAAGUUGCUUAAGAGUGCGCAGUUGCCCAAGGAUGCGAAUAAGAAGAAGGAGGCGGAGGUGGAGAAGGUUAUGAAGAAGGGGAGUGAUGAGGUGACGAAGAUUGUGGAGGCUACGAAGAAGGCUGUGUUGCAGUGA